GAACGCUUUGGUGACCGGGAGCCCAAGAUGGACAGCCGCGGCCUACUGGUGGUGAAAUCGGGGAGAGACGGCCGCUCUUCUCGCCUAAACAUCAGAGGUACGGACCCACAAAAGCCCUACUCCCCCCCCCUGGACCGGCGGGGGUCAUCCCGGUCCAACCCUGAGGGCAAACUCCCUGCCCGGGCCCCACGGGUAGAAACCAACGGCCAGCGAGAAGCAGCGCAACCAGGCAACAUGGCCGCCACCACGUGUGCUCAGGGCAUGGAGCAAACUGACCUCAGUGCCCGGCUGGAUGAACUAUUCGCUAGGUUCUGGAGGACAAUAGCUAUCCGGGAGCAGAGGGCCAAGGCACACAACAUCGCUACUAUGGAGCCGGCGAACCCCCGGCACAAGCGCAUGCCUCCUCCUGCAAUCGGGGCCUGCAAACGGCCGCGGGGACGGCACACUAAAAGAACCCGAAAGCCCAAGCAACUAACACCGCCAUUGGCGGCAACCCAUCCACACAAGUGUCCAGAGAACUUAAACCUACCUGAGCGACAACCGCGGCAAGCAGGGCCAAUCAAGGGCCAGACACGGCCGAGGGACCACAAGCGGACCACACCGCAACCCCUCAACCGACGCCAUCAUGAGGCAGACCCUCGCCCGGGCAUACCCUGGAGGCAACAUAACCACCUGCGGUACGUCGCCUUACACAGAAUUCCUCACGCUAACAGAUCCGCUCUACCAGAAUGGGACCCUGAUCUCGCCACAGCAAAGACCUCCAGCGUCGUCCAGAGUGGCUGGCAACAUUAUAGCAUUCCACCGCACCGCAACAGCUUCAACAGCCCUCCGAGCGCCGGCAUCGGCUGA